AUGAUGGAGCCACAUACCAAGGUUUGUCGCCAUGAGGUGCAAGGAACUUCAGUGAAUGCCAUUUUUGCUAUCACCGGUCCUACUGCGGGGGUUCUUCGGAUUCGAUCUCCAAGGGCUCCCUCUCACUCUCAGACAAUAGACGAUGCUACUAUGCUCGUCCUUAAUGAUUGCUUUGAUGCAGUGGCCGUACCGGCAGACCAGUACUGGCGCGCCGCAUCGUGUCAUCACGCACUGCUUCACACUACAAUGUCUGACAUUAGUACGAGAGAUAAUCGCACACCUCCAGCAGCAUCAGCGCUGGCCGCUGCCGUGACGAUCAAGCGACCUGAACCGAACGACAUACCUGCUUCGUUCUAUGCUACAAGAGUAGACGCCAUAUCACAGCGGCAAUACGAGGUUAAUCGCGGUGUUCUUAUUAUUGGAGCGGAUUUACGUAGUGGUUCCAGCGGAAAAAUGUUUAACAAACUUUCUCGGCAUGAGUUAUCUUCGUUCACUGGGGCAAUACCAUUUUGCCAUCACCGUAACCUGUAUACUCUUGUUGACGAGAACGCCGCGGUGGAUCCUUUUUUUGACAUUGACUGCCACCCUCCAUUUGAUUGGAUAAAAUGCCUGGAGCCGGAAAGGGAGAGCGAAACCACUCUUUCGUCACCUCCAGCGUCUUUUGACCAAAUGAUGCCGGCUGUUGUAGAGCAGUGGCUGGGGCAAAUAUUGCUAUUUCUGCGCGAUAAGGUAGAGGCGGCAACAGGGGCUCGACUCCAGCAGUGUGUGGUGCUGACAAGUUCGGUGCUUGUGAAUGGUAAAGGAAAUAUCAGCAGUGGAGUCGGGGAAGGAGGAAAUGCAGAGGAUGGAGAGGAGGAGAACGCGGACGAGGAGGGGAAGAAGAGUGAGAUUUGCCCUUUGCUUAGUAUGUGCGAUAGCAAGCUUAGCUUUCACAUUCACUUUAGACUUGAUACCAACACAGCGUUUGCAAACGUGCGGGAGUUGCACCGGUUUAUGUGGCACAUUCGAGAAGAACUUGAUGAGUCUAUAUCGAAUCCGAGUGAUAGUGAUACCGUUUCCCUUCAUCGCAUGCUGCGUCGUUGCAUUGACUUUGGUGUCUACACACGGUGGCGGCCGUUUCGGUUGCCGUACAAUGUGAAAGUGCCGUCGCCGGUGAACUUCUGCCCCGCCGAUGCGGCGGUGCUGGAUCUCAUGAUUUUAACACUCUCACAAUCAACCGUGAAUGCAGCUAGUUUUCCUGAUCUGCGCGUGGGCGUGGUAGCCCCUUCUGUGGUGCACCUUAUAGACCUCUCUGCCCUACAAACAUUGUCGUCGCAGCAGCGUUUGCAGCAGCACCGCUUGCUUACAAAACUUUUCUUUCUUUUCAGAUUCCUUUUACCCGUCGUUCCUGGUGUGACAGCCAUAACGGACAAGGGACUUUUGGACUUUCUGUCAUCGUAUUCGCGGUACCCUUCACACGAUGGCUUGACUGAAGAGGAGUAUCGCCAACAGCUUGCGAUUCUGGUAUUUGAUCUCGCUGCAAUUCAACGCGACAGUUGCAUUGAGUCGUUGAAUGAGGAAAAGGAAGUUGUCAAACUCCGUCUUGUCAAGAUGGAUGCCUCCAAUGGUGAUCCAGGGGAUCCCACAACUGCCCCAUCGGCACUGCAAAACCCAUUUUUAGUACCGAGGCCGCCCCACCGUGAUGGGGUCCGCAUGCCUGUGCGUGAUGCUCAGUUGAGGGACCUGGUCGCAGAAGUGUUUCGCUGUCUCUCUAUUGAAUAUGACACUGGUGGAAUUGAUGGUGGGAAUAACCGCGGCUGUGUGGUACCACUUGUCAUUGGGGACCGCAUCAGUGUGCAGUAUCAGGACGGUAUUCGCGCCUACUACGCACAACAGAAACUGUCGAGGUUUUGCCUGAGACUGAAUCGUGAGCAUCGCGGAACAUACUCACAGCUCUAUCUCACGUACGGAUCGAUCAAAAUCCGUUGUUACAGCAAUGACUGCUGCGGCAGCUGCUUAGCUGUGAAAUGGUCGGCUGGCGAUGACGAACGGGUUGCAGGGCCAGCGGCUGUACUGUUGCCUGUGGACGGGUUAGGGUACCCGAAGUACGAGCGGCUUGAAAUGAUUCGGAGACUGCUCUUCCCGCCACUUCCACCGGAGGAAUUGCUGAGGCGCUACGGUGCUGUAUCGCUCGAAGGGGUGCAUGAGAAACAGAAAGAAUAG